UGAGCUCUAUAUUUCUCUUAUUGAAAAGUAGAUGUAUUUAAUAUCAAAGCUUAAAUAUGGCAUCAAAAUGUCAAUUUGCAGAAGAAGGUGGUGAUGACAGUAGAUUGCUCUUUGAAUUUAUUGUUUCGGCUUCCACUUCAGCCUUAAUCGAAAAGCUAUAAGAGAACCCCCCAAACUUGGUUAAUUUCAAAUAAGAAGAAGAAGAAGAAGAAGAAGAAGAAGAAGAAGAAACCGAAAGGGAGAUCGAUGGAUUCAGCCACAAGCCAAAGAUUAUCGAUUUCUCUAGCAGCAACCCUCUCCCUAAUCCUGAUACAUUUGACUCUAGUCAACUCUUUCACUGAAAUCCCAACAGCAUACGAGGUUCUUGAGGACUACAACUUCCCAGUUGGCCUUCUUCCAGAAGAGGUGGUGACAGGCUACAAGCUCAACCACAGAACAGGUGAAUUCUCAGCCUAUCUCAAUGAUAGCUGCAGCGUCUAUGAAGGAGGAUACCGUUUGAAAUACGAGCCCACUAUCAAAGGUUACAUAUCAAACGGCAAGAUAUCUAGCUUGGAAGGUGUUAGUGUGAUGUUCUUUCAUAAGUGGAGAAAAAUUGUUGAGAUCCUCCGGCGUGACAAUCAUAUUCAUUUCUCUGCGGGGGUGGCAAGAGACAGGUUCCAUAUUAAGGACUUUGAGGAAUCUCCUCAAUGUGUGUGUGGCAUGAACUGCUUUCCUACUUCCUAGGCAAGCAAGCAAGCAAGCAGGAACACGAUAAAUCCUUCUGUUUCUCCUUAACUAGUAGACUAUUGAAUUUAGUUGUGUACUUUAAUUUCUGACUCGUUUUCUGGAUUGAUUUAUGUGGGUUGUGCUUAUUUUAAUGAAUUACUGUUUUUAAUUUACA